AUGGCUGAAUCCGAGAAGCAAGUCGAGUCUCCUUUGGCAUCGCCAAAGGACAAGAUGAAGGAGGUUGGCGCUACCGUUACAACAACCGAGUCGCCAGAUUCGCCAGGUAUAGACCCGAUGAUAAACUCGUCGGGUCACAAGCAACAGCUUGAUCGCAACUUUAGCCUGAUCAGUAUGUGCGCUAUUGGCGUUACAGCAGGAAACACUUGGAUUGCAAUGGGUGGCAGUGUUACAACGGCCAUCUUCAACGGCGGGCCUCCCGGAGUUAUCUAUGAGUACAUUGUUGUCUCCUUUUUCUACUGGUUUAUCUCGGCCUCAAUCGCUGAACUGGCUUCUGCUAUUCCCUCUGCUGCCGGCGGUAAGUUGUUUGUCAUCAUAGCUCGCAGUCAGCAAUAUCUGAGACUAAAUAGGAAGGCUAACUUAUCAUUUUCCGCAGUGUACCACUGGGCCUCAGCCACCGCCGGCCGCUAUGGCCGCCCCGUGGGAUGGUUUGCGGGAUACUGGAAUGCUUUGGCAUGGCUAUUUGGUGCAGCCUCCAUAUCAUCCAUUCUCGGAAACCAAGUCAUGUCUAUGUACUUGAUAUUCCACCCAGACCAUACACCUCAGGCAUGGCAGGUCUUCGUCUGCUACUUAAUUUGCACCUGGAUGUGUUGCCUCACCGUGCUCUUCGCUAACAAGGCCUUGCCAAUUAUCUCAAAUAUCGGCAUGUUCCUUAUUCUAGCGGGUGUGUUUGUUACUAUUAUAGUAUGCGCUGUGAUGCCACGCUAUAACGGUAAAGGUUUCGCCACAAGCGACUUUGUCUGGAGGAACUGGUCCAAUACCACCGGGUACAAAAGUGAUGGCCUAGUAUUUUUGCUUGGAAUGCUCAAUGGCGCAUACAGUGUAGGAACCAGUGAUUUAACCUCCCAUAUGGCCGAGGAGAUCCCCAAUCCAAGCAAGAACAUCCCGCGUGCAAUCAUGGCGCAGACUGUCACGGGCUUUAUCACUGCCGUUCCAUACAUGAUUGCUCUUUUCUACUCUAUCAAUGAUCUAGAUGCCGUACUUGGAACCUUCACCACGUUCCCCUUGGCAACAAUUUACCACCAGGCCACCGGAACCAGGGCUGGAGCUUUUGGACUACUCAUUAUUGCGUUUCUACCUACCUUUAUCACCUGUAUAGGCUGCUAUAUCACAGCCGGACGUGUCCUCUGGACCCUCGCCCGUGACAAUGCUACUCCUUUCUCCGACUUCAUCGCCCGGGUACAUCCCACCUACCACAACCCGUUCAAUUCAACUGCUGUCUGCGUCGCCGUUGUCACUGUACUUGGAUGCAUCUAUGUCGGCUCAACUACCGCUUUCAACGCCUUCGUCGGAUGCUAUGUGCAGCUGUCCACCCUCUCGUACCUCGCAGCAAUCCUGCCUCACCUCCUCCGAGGCCGCAAAGGCAUCACCCCAGGCCCUUUCUUUAUGAAAGGAUGGGUUGGCUAUGUGGUAAAUACCAUUAGCUGCCUGUAUAUUGUCACUUUUGUCAUUAUCUUCUGCUUCCCAUUCAGCAUGCCCACGUCGGCUGCUACAAUGAACUACGCAUCCCUGAUGACCGGUGGAGUGACCAUUUUCGUCGUCAUUUGGUACCUCAUCCGCCAGAAGAGUUAUGUCGGGCCACAUGUCAUAUCAAUCCACGAUGUGAAGCUCGAUCGAAUGGAGUAA